AUGCAACAGCGGGGCGCGGACCUUGAGCGUCAAGUUGCUCAACGGCAGGGUCAACUUGACCUGUUGGUCCGGAUGCAGCCGUACGGCUCUCAUCCUGUGGCAAUGCAACCCCCGAUGACUCUACCGCCCGCUGCCUUGCAGCCUCCCAUGGCUCUGCAGCUUCCUGCUACCCCGCAGUAUCCUGCGUACUCGUACUCUGGUGCUGGGCUUCAGCACCCUGCUGUCUCGCAGACUCCUGCAGCCUCGCAGCCCUCGUCCGACCCGGCGCUAGCGCCUCAGAGCUCACCCGAACAGGGUCCCGGUAUGGCUUAA